CGCUCAUUCACACCAGAGAAAUUUUCAAAUCUGAUUGGCUCAGAUUUGAAGAAGCGCAAGCAUGAACAACUACCAUAUCUAUGAAGCCAUCGGCCGCGGCAAAUAUUCGACUGUGUACAAAGGAAGAAAGAAGAAGACGAUCGAGUAUUUCGCGAUUAAGAGUGUGGAUAAAUCUCACAGGAGCAAGGUUCUUCAGGAAGUGAGGAUUCUUCACACCCUGGAACACUCUAAUGUGCUGAAGUUCUACUCAUGGUACGAGACAUCAGCUCAUUUAUGGUUAGUGUUGGAGUACUGUGUGGGGGGAGAUCUAAUGACUUUAUUGCAACAGGAUGGUAAGCUUCCUGAAGAUUCAGUAUACGAUUUGGCUCAUGACCUUGUCAGAGCUCUGCAGUACUUGCAUUCAAAAGGAAUUAUUUACUGUGACUUGAAACCAUCAAACAUUCUACUGGAUGAAAAUGGACGUACAAAGCUAUGCGACUUUGGAUUAGCAAGAAAACUAAGUGACAUAUCCAUGACCUCUGCUUCCCAGUUACCUCAAGCAAAGCGUGGAACUCCUUGUUACAUGGCUCCUGAAUUGUUCCAAGAUGGAGGAAUUCAUUCAUAUGCUUCGGAUUUCUGGGCUCUUGGUUGUGUGCUAUACGAGUGCUAUACCGGAAGGCCUCCAUUUGUUGACAAGGAGUUCACUCAGUUAGCAAAAUCAAUUCUUUCAGAUGCAACUCCUGCUCUUCCUGGAUCUCCAACCCGCCCGUUUGUGAAUUUGAUAAAUUCUUUAUUGAUCAAAGAUCCAGCUGAAAGGAUACAAUGGCCCGAACUAUGUAGUCAUGCUUUCUGGAAGACAAAGUUUAUUCCAUUGACAUUACCUCCUCAGCCUGCUUUUGAUAGUAUGAUUGAGCAGUCUUCAGAACCACAUCUGACAGAGCGCAAUGGAGAUAGACCUCUUCGAAACAAGAUCCCACCCAGCACCGGUGGGAAAGAUUCAAGAACUCCCAGUAAACAAGACGAAAAUUUCACUGCUGGAAUGAAAGGGGAAGAAACACUGAUCAAGGGUAGCGGCCGUAAAACUCAAACCAAGCCUUCUGGAAGAAUAGCCGAUGGAAAGCACAGGGGUGCUUCAAAUAAUAUGGGUGGUGCGAAUCUCCUCCGGCUUUCCAGAAUUGCGAAAUCAAACCUGCAGAGGGAAAAUGAGAAAGAGAACUAUCGAAGGCCGUUGCCUAAUAGCUCUAAGAAUGAGGCAGAAGUCAAAAUUGAAAACAAUGACAUGGAACUGGAUUUUGAUGAGGAUACACAAGAUGAGGGGCAUGAUGAAACUGAAGGGUCUGACAGUGCAUCCGCUACUGCUGCAGAUAAUUUAUCAACUCCAAGCAAGCAUGAGGGGAAUCUUGAAGAAAUGAAUAACAUAUUAAGCCAGUCAGACUCAUCAAAUGUGGUUGACACACCUUUACUGGAUGAUUCAAAAGCACAAGAGCAAGAAUCAGAAGACAUGGAAGUCUGCCCAGCAGCAGCCACAACACCUGGUGCUAGUCCUCAACUGAAGACUCCAAGGGUCAAAGAUGUUUCUGGGCGGGCCCUUGACUUUGAAUCCGUAAAAUCAUCUUCAGACCUCUCAGAGGUGCUAUGGCAUCCAUCCGAUCUCUCAGUUAGGCCAGUAAUGCCAAGCAGAAAAACUGAUAAAGGAUCAGAUGCAUUGCCUCCCCUUCCAUUUCAUGCAUUUCCUCCACCUGAUUUUACGAAAAUGCCUAAGGAUAAAUUGGAUAUUCUGUAUAACAAAAUUAUAGGUGUCUUGAACGGGAAUGUUAAUGGCGAGAAGCAAAAUGUUAUUAGAUACCUUGAGAUGUUAAGCACUAAUGCCGAUGCUGCCAAUAUUUUGACCAAUGGGCCAAUAAUGCUAGUUCUUAUAAAAAUGCUAAGGCAGUCAAAGGCUUUGGCUUUGCGUGUACAAAUGUCAUCACUUAUAGGCCUGUUGAUUCGCCAUUCCACUUUUAUUGGAGAUGAUUUGGCAAAUUCUGGAAUUUUAGGUGCUCUAACCGAUGGCCUAAGGGACAGACAGGAAAAAGUGAGAAGGUUUUCUAUGGCUGCUUUGGGUGAGUUGCUCUUUUACAUAUCUACUCUAAACGAUCCAGCUAGGGAUAAUAAUCCCCAGGAAUCUCCUUCCAAAGACGGCCGACCCUCUUCUAGCUGGCAGGUCCCUAAUUCAUUAAUCUCUUUGAUUUCAUCUGUCUUACGGAAAGGAGAGGAUGAUCUUACUCAGCUUUAUGCUUUGAGAACGAUUGAAAACAUUUCCAGUCAUGGAGGAUAUUGGGCCACUCGUUUCACCAGUCAAGACGUCAUUAACAACCUUUGUUAUAUAUACAGGGCUCCAGGAAAACAAGAAACCAUGAGAUUCACUGCAGCGUCAUGUUUGGUGCGUCUGGUUCGCUUCAGCCCACCUAGCAUUCAACAGGUUAUGGAGAAACUUCCUCUGAAGGAGAUUGCUUCCAGUCUUUUUAAGGGCAAUCAACGUGAGCAGCAAAUCUGUUUGAACCUCCUAAACAUGGCAAUGUUUGGAAGCCAUUUGCUGACAAAUGUUGGGCGUCACCUUCUUCCCAUAAUGGAAGACAAGAGUCUUGUUCCAUCUCUCUUGUCUCUAAUUGAGCAGGGAACCGAAGUUCUGAAGGGAAAGGCACUCCUCUUUGUGGCUCUACUUUGUAAAAACGGGAAGCGAUGUCUCUCGCACUUUUUUUGCAAUGCAAGAUUACUAUCAGCUGUGGAUAGGCUUGCAAAAGAGAGAGAUAAAUAUGUUCAGCACUGCCUAAAUGCUUUUGUGCAUGUUGUGGUGUCAACUCUACCAGGUUUGCUGGAAACUAUAACGGGAGAUAUUCAGCAACUUAUGGGAGGCAGACGCCAUGGGCCAAUUGGUAGUCUCAUCAGUCGAAGUUCUCCAAAGAACAGUAUUCAUUUCUUUCCUGUGGUUCUCCAUCUCUUAGGAAGCUCUUCAUUCAAGAAUUCAGUAGCCUCUCCACAGGUUCUACAGCUCGUUGCAAAUCUACUUAAACUGACAGAGGUGCCUUUCCAGGGCAGGGAUGACUUUCAGAUAACUCUACUACGAGUGUUGGAAUCAAUCUCGGAGGAUCCAACAUCAAUCACAAAUAACCCCAUCGUCUUCAUCCACCAGAUUCUUCCCAGCCUGGCCGCUCUAUAUAAAGGAAACAAAGAUGGAGAUGCCCGGUUUUUAUGCUUGAAGAUUUUCUUUGAUGUGAUGGUCCUUUUCCUGGAUGAAGCAUCAGAGGAUCGAGAAAGGUCCGAAGAUUUGAAGUCCGUGUCUAAUGUUCAUUUCCUCCCGCUAUACCCAUCUUUCAUUGAGGACGAAGACCCCAUUCCUAUGUAUGCUCAGAAACUGCUUGUGAUGCUCAUCGAGUCGAAUUACAUUAAAAUCUCAGACAUUCUUCACAUGAAAGCAGUCUCGCAGUGCUUCGAAUUUCUUCUGGGAGAUUUUUCGGCGAUAAAUGUCAGCAAUGUAAUGCUUUGUCUGGCUCUAGCAUCGGCCCCAGAACUCGAAACCAAGAUUAUAUCCCAAUUAAAAGUAGUGAGAAAGAUUGGUAAUCUUUUAGAGUUUGUUUACGCAAAGGAGAUGGAAGAUUUCAUCGAGCCAACACUUGGUUUGUGUAAAGCUUUCCUCUUGCGCUCGAUAAGCUCCAGGACAGGUUUUGUCUAUGCAAAGAAUCCCACACUCUUACACGAUGGCUUUAAUGAAAGCACUACUGACAAUCAACAGUGCAUCAAAGAUAUAGUAGACUUCGGCAGCAACGUGGGAGUCUUGCUAGAACUGAGCAAGUUAUGUGAGGUCAAUAUUGCUGACCUGGCGUCGGAAUGUUUGGUUUUGUUAUUCAAGUCGGCUCCAAGAGAAGCAACGAUGCACUUUCUAAUGAAUCUGUACAAGGUCUCUUUGUUACUUGAGUCGGGGAUUCAUGGUAGUAUCUCUCAUUUGGUGGUGGAGCGAAUUCUGCACGCUCUCGGCUUUUCUUGUCGGCAGUAUUUGCUGAAUGCGAUGAUCCUAUCCAUUUCUUCAUCUGAGCUGGGCGAAAAAUUGAUGCAAUUGUUUCGAGUCUUAAAAGUUCUAGCGUAAAAGGUGUUGCUUAUGCCUCUUCCCAGGUGGCUCUUUGAGUUACAGAGAGUACCUCGCUAGCUUUCAGUUCUCGAGGAACUAAAAUAGUUGCUGAGAUAAGCAGGAGUGACAUUGCUGGAGGUGUGCAUCAGCUGUAUCAGAGCAGAUGGUGACAGUCUUUGUUCAUGCUUUUUUAUUCUUUCAUUAUUAUUACAGUACCUAUGUAAUAUUGUUUUGUAUCAUAACGAAAUAUUUUGAAUGGCAACACCAUUUCUUCUUCGACCAUCCAAUUUUUGUUAUCAUGCAUAUAUCUCACUCUGGUAAAUAGUGUUGUCUUUCGGUGGGAAAAAUUCAGUUUUCGUCCCUCAGUUUGCAACAAUUUUACAUUUGGUCCCCAUGUUCAUAAAAAAUCACAUUUGGUGCCUC